AUGAACAGCAUAGAAGUGAAAGGAGCUUUAAAAAGUUACGAUAAUAAAGUUCUAGUCUUAAAUGGAUUAAAUUUGUCGGUUCAAACUGGUUCGAUUUAUGGCUUAAUUGGUCCAUCUGGAUGUGGGAAGACGACCCUACUCUCAUGCAUCCUAGGUAUGAAGCAACUCGAUGAAGGGACAAUCAAUGUUCUUGGACAAGAAGUUUCAUAUAAAAAUCCAUCGAAAUUUCCACAUCGAAUUGGAUACAUGCCACAAGAAACAGCACUGGUUCCAGAACUGACAAUCAAAGAAACUUUAAAUUAUUUUGGAAAUAUUUAUCAGAUGAAUCCAUCUUUGUUGAAACAACGACUAAUCAUGAUCUGUGAUUUAUUGGAUCUUCAUGAUGGCAAUAAGCGUGUCAACCAUCUUUCAGGUGGUGGAAAGAGACGAGUUUCAUUUGCUGCUGCUUUAAUUCACAACCCAGAAAUUCUCAUUCUUGAUGAGCCAACAGUUGGACUUGAUUCAAUUCUUCGUGAGAAAAUUUGGAAGUUUCUUAUUGAAUCGACAAAGUUAUCAAAUACGACAGUCAUCAUCACAACACAUUAUAUUGCAGAAGCAGAAAAGUCAGAUUGUUGUGGAUUAAUGAAAAAUGGAGUUUUACUGAUUGAAGAUAGUCCACAAAAUAUUUUUAAAAAUUUAAGUGUUCAGAAUCUUGAAGAAGCGUUCUUAAACUUGUGUAUCCGAGAAAAUACUGGAAAUAAUAAAAACAGCUUGAAUGAUGAACGUCCACAAUGUUCGCAUGAAUUUGUCAAUCACAAAAAAGUAAAGGAAGAAACUAAGCUGUCAACAGAAACAACAAAAGAUUUGAUUCAUGAAAAGAAAAAGAAAUUCAGCAAUCAAACAAUUAAAGCACUGCUGAAUAAGGAGCUAGUAAGAAUAUUUAGACAGCCUUAUGAAAUUUGUUUUACAUUCGUUUUUCCAUUACUUCAAGUCUUCUGCUUUACUGUAGCAUUAGGAAAAUUUUCGAAGGAACUGCCGCUUGGAGUUAUAAACCGUGAUGUCAUUGAUACUAAUUUCUGCUCAGAAUACUUAAAAUCCACAAACUAUGAAUUCAACACAAGCACCUGUACUUUUGAACAUCUUUCAUGUUACUUCCUUAAUGAAAUCGAUGAUAAAUCUGUUAAGAAGAUUUACUACAAUUCCUUUGGGGAAGCUUUUAAUGAAGCAAAAGCAGCAAAAACAUUUGGAUUCAUUUCAAUAUCAUCAAACUUUACAGAUGUAAUGAGCCAAAGAAAGUUUGACUGGCAACCGAUUUCCGAAAACUUUUCAUACUCAAACCAAAUAUCAGUGUACUUGGACCACACUAGCUUGCAGUUUUCAUAUUAUCUCAAAAAUAAAUUGUGGAAAACUUUUGAAAAAUUCAACAAGAAAAUGUUGCGGCACUGUGAACUGGAUGAACGUUUAGAGGACUUUCCAUUAAGAUUUAAUACAUUUCAUGGAGAAUUAGAUGCUGAUCAUACAAUGUUGCUGUAUCCUGGAUUUGUUGCAAUGGCGAUUAUGAUUGGAGGAAUCCUUUUCUCAAUCUCAAGUCUUUCACAGAACAGAAUCGAAGGAAUUUGGAAUCGAACCCUCUUGGCAGGAGUUAAAACAUCGGAAGUUUUAUUUUCACAUGUCAUAAUUUUGGUAUUUUGUGACUUGAUUGAAAUUUUUGUCAUUAAGAUCGCCACAAUCUUCUUGCUUGAUGUUCCAAUAAUUGGCAAUCAAUUGCUUCUUGGAUUAUUCUGCUUGCUAUUGUAUUUGGCUGCAAAUAGUAUUGGAUUGUUUAUCUCCGUUUUUACAAGCAAUGUUGCUGUUCUAAAUAGUGCCGGAGUAAUGGUCGUGUUCUCAUUGACAUUAUUGUGUGGUGUAUUGUGGCCUUUUGAAGGACUUCAUCCGCUCCUAAAAUUUACUGCAUAUGUCGCACCAUUAACACUCCCAACAACAACUCUCAGAAAUAUUGCUUUAAAAGGAUUUCCAAUAACUCAUCUUACUGUCUAUGGUGGAUUUUUGCUCCUUUCUGCUUGGAUUGUUUUGAUGCUGUUCUUGUGUUACUGGAUAUUGAAGAAGAAAAGAUUUACAGAUUAA